AUGUUGUGCCUCAGCCUCACCCCACUGCUCGUGCUGGUGCUGGGGGUCAGCCUGGGGGCUACCUUUCCCCAYGACGCCCUGAGGAAGGGCUGCAGGCUUUCCAAGUACCAGAGCAUUGCACAUGAGGAGCAGAAGGCCGUGAACAACCACAAAUGCAAUACCAGUCUCCUUCACAGGAAAUGGAAAGCAGUAGACCUGCYGAUGUCCGACCGAGUGGUGCUGGUGGCAGCUGAGCUCAACCUCACCACCGCCAUGCUGGAGCUCCCCRCUGUCCCCAGCUUCGUCGAGGUGCGCCGGCGGCCCCUGGACUUCUUCACUCAGGCCCGGGAGGAUGUGCGGGGUUGUGUGAGUGUGGAUCCUUCACACCAGCCCUCGGGGAGAUUGAGGCACUGGCUGCACAAGCUGCGGGUGGCCAUGCAGACAAACWCCGAGACCAUGGCAUGCCUGAGGGCCUCCACCAUCUACAACGUUUUUCAAGUGCUGGACAACCUGCGGUGCGCUGCCCUCCAGGACAAGUGCUGA